UGCAUGAAAUUGGAAAGUGUCCAGUUUUAGUUUGACGAACGAAACGCUAGAAUUGAUUCCAAGUAAAUAUUGAUAAGACUUCGUUAACUGUAAAUAUUUCAGUUUGCUACUGUUAUCAAUAUAAAUUUUAGGGAAGGUCAUUAGAUAUGCAGUUUAAACAUUUUCUAGUUUAUCAUCAUCUAAUAAUUUUAGUUAAUAAACCCAAACCAGAAUUUGAGACUCGAGAUUUCCUUAUCUUUUGUACACAAUGAACCCAAGGCAGUAAAUUAUUCCCUGCUGGAAUCAGGAUUGAAUAUUACUAACUCGUGCAGAUAAGAGCUCAUCCAUUUCAGUUCACUCCAAUCCGUUAAAGUUGCCAGGAUUUACAUACAGAAAAAAUCAGCCAGAUGAAAAGUUUGCAUGAACUAUUUUUAUACUUUUGACACGAAUUUGUGCAAAUUUGACCGAACUGGUAAAUUGUCGACAAUGCCACUUCCCACGUGUCACACGUGUCAACGGGUCUUGACCGGAGACGUUUCAACGACCUCGGCCAACCAACGUUUCCUUGUUCGAGUUCAAAAUUUCGUCUGCUUAAUUUCCCUCAUUUGUAUCCUUUUGGGAAUUUUGGCAACGUUCCUUGUUCUCCACUUCGUCCCGGGACACGAGCACGAUUUUCUGCCCGUUUUUGUGAUCGCGGGGGGAGUAAACUUACCAAUUUUGGGGGUCAUCCUGGUCGCUCAGAUAAUUCUUCGGAGGAGAUUUGACAGGGGAACUGCUUCAUCCCCCGGAGAAAGAGACCGAUUGUUGGGCGAACGACAGUGUCACGAUUGCCAGAGGAGUAUUGGGAUGGGAGGACCGAGCACUUAUCUCCCAUCGUCGUUAUAUCCGUGAAAGGAAAUUUUGAGAUUUUUGAAAUUUUACAUAUAGUUUUUCGCAAAUCGUAUCCAUGUAAAAUUAGCUUUUAGUAUAAAAUGUAAAUUAUGGGCAUGAAAUUUAGAUGGAAAUCGUAUAAAAAAUAAGUUUAUAUUGCCAAUCGAGUAGGUUUAUGAACAACUUUUAAGGCUAUUUAAGACUUCUUUUUUUACAAAAUUGAUGUCAAAAAGUUACGAAAUUCUGUAAUUUUGUAAAUGUUUUUUUUAUCCUCGUUAGUGUGCUAAUAUGAACAAGUGUUGUGUGCCGUUUUUAGCGUCAUGGUCAAUAUGACCAGACCAGUAGUGUCACUGUCAUGGGUUGGCCUUGACCUUUCCUGUUACUAAACAUAAAGGAAGAAAUUCUGAUUUUAAGACUGACUCUAAAGAGAUUCGUGGCUUUUGUAGUAUGCCAAUGUCGUUCCUAUGAACUUCAAAUCUUGUAUGCAUUACAUUUUUAGGUAAAUAUUACUUACGCUGAGAAAUCCAAUUAACACCCGUCUACUUUUAAUUAUCACUUCGCCCUCCAUUCCAUUACAUAUGAUAUGGUAUGUUACUUCCAUUAAAUAUUAUGUUUACUUAUGCACCGUUUUUAGUUUGGUAAAGCAACGACGAAGAAGAAGAGAUAAUUGUGUGAAUUGUAAAGUUGUACGUUUUUCUGUAAGCAACUAAUUCAAUAAACACUUUCAGUUCUUGUUACAUACUUUGCGGGCUCGGUUUUACUAUUGGAUUUUAUUUAAGAAUUAAUAGUUUUGUAUACUUCAUAAUUUUAAUUUUUUGGGGAAAAAUGCCACUAAAAAUUUUAAAGUGUGGGACCCACUCGUUGCAAAAUGCGGCGAUGGUGAUUGCGAUUAUUGAUGUGAUUUGCACUUCCGUCCUGCUCAUCCUUUUCGUGCUUGGGUCGAGUAUGAUGUUAGCAUUUGAAAUUAUCGGCAAGUCCCACAACGCCACAAGGGUGCUGGAUAUCGUGACGGAUGAUGUUUUUGGACAGAGGCAAGCGUCGUAUAAUACGGUUCGAGAGAAAAAGGACGUUGCGGAGGACAUGGGUGUCUUUUUGAUUAUAAUGUUUCUAACAAUUGUUGACUUCAUCAUCUCCUGCAUAUUUUUGGAUGGGGUGAAAUCGAGAGACGCGAAUAAGUGUCAGAUCUGGCUGAACAUCCGAAUGGUUAUCAUUGUCGUGUUUAAAAUUGUGGUCCUUAUCAAUCUCGUGUAUGGAACUUCGUGGAUGUCUGCGAUACCCGAUAUGAUUUUUACGGUGUAUCGUCUCGUAGGUUUGUACAUCGGAUUCAAGUUUCUGCGCGAAUUGCAGGCCCAAAAUAAAAAUGCGUCGAGUGAAAAAGGACUUGGAACCGGAACCGGGUCGUUUUUGAACUUACCCUCAAUUGCCAUUUCUGGCGCAAGUGGUGGAGGUGCUGGUAGUACUGGUGGGAUGGAAGGUCACGGGUCAAUCUCUUCGGCAACUUCGUCCUGUGGUGGUAUCACGUUAACCGUUCCGGAUAAAAAUGGGAAGCCAAGGUCCGGUCUCAGCCAACAAGGUCUUCAGAUCGAGGAAGUCACGGCAGAUUUAAAAUGAUUUUUUUUGUGCAAUGAAUUUGCGUAAUGAAUAAAAGAUUUAAGAGGAG